AGUUGAUAUCAGACUUGCAAGUGACGUGGGCAAAUCAGCCUGUGACACCACUUGUGCCCAGAAAGGCAGUGCAGCCAUAAAAGUACCCAGGAGAGUGAACGCUCUGCUGGGCAAACAGCUGGAGUGUGAAUCGAAACAGCUGGAUCAUAGUGUCAGACUACCACAGUCCAUGUGACAGAGGACGCAGUCAAGCAAGGAACCAAGUUGUGUACGCUAGAGUCCUGUGUGUAUCCUGCUUGUGAGCGCUCCUGUCAGGCCACAGGGAGUGGCCUUGUGCUCUGCAUCACUGCGGGGGCGGAGCCUUCUCUGAGCAGUGCCUGUGAGUUCUGCCCUGCCAGUCUUGGGGGAGGAGCUGAAUUUUAGCAGACUGCAGCUGACAAGAAGCUUCAAGGGUGAAAGACUUGCCUGGAAAUCAACUGGCUUGAGAAUCAAGAUAGUUGGAUCACAUUGCAAGACUGUCACCAUCCACGUGACAGAGGUAUCUUCCAGAGUUCUCAUUCAAACAACAUGUUCAAGUAUCCUGGGGACAUCUGAGGAAGAAAACAGUGCACAUAAACUAUAAACUUUUUGUGGUUCUAAGUCAAAAGGAACUUUACUAAGACUGUUGUUUUGGUAGCACUUGUAUUUGCAGCCAAUCUUUGUCUGUAAUCCUAACUACUUGUCACACUAAUCUAAAUCAUAAUGGAUGGCGAAUAUGUCCUGUGUAAUUGGAAAGAACAGUUAUGGCCAGCAAUAGUCUUAUAUAGGUCUGAAACUUCAUCCAACAGUAAAAGGAAAAAGACCUUUUCCCUGGAAGUGCAAAUACUUUCGCUUGAUGAGAAAAUUACUGUGGACAGCAAAGACACAAAAGUCCUCAGUAAAUCCGAGGUUGAAGCCAUUAUGUCCUCACUAGCAGGACAGUCAGAGGUGAGAGUUCCACCGAGGGAAGAGACAGCCUAUGAAAGAUCGCUGAAAAUGGCACUGGAAAUCGUGAAAGAGAGAACAAAUCAGAGCCAGGAAAGCAUGCCAGAUGAAGAAGACACCACUACAGCAUCUGAAAGUGUGCCGCAACAGCUGUCUGAUUCACCUCCUCCUAAAAAGUAUCGGAAACUUGAAAGCAACCUCCAAGAAGACUCAGCAUCUAUGUUACUGUGCUCAGAGAGUGAUGAUUCCCUAUCUGAUGAUAAGUUGCAGGUGCACACAACCAGUGAUAGUAUUCCAAGUGAAGUGGAAACAAAGUCAUCACAGAACUUCAGCUGGUGCCAAACUUAUACUUCAUUUCCAGAUGAUGAUGAUGAUAAAAAAGAAGAAAAGAAAAAGAUUGACAUCUCAGCAAUCAUGUCCGUGAAUUUAUCACUCAAAGAGGAAUGUGAAGACAUUAAAGAAGAAAAGUUUGUCCCAUCAUCAGAUGAUCUUGCUGUACCCAAAGAGGAGUCUCAAGACAUCUACUCAGAGGUCCCAGCAGUUUCCUCUGAAUGUUCCACCUUCCCAGAGAAUAAUAUGGAAGAUCCUGGAGAGGGCCCAUCGAAUCAGAAUCCAUGCUUCUAUGGUAGCCAAAAUCAGUCUUCUGUGGAAUCAGAAGUAGGUGCUGAGACCUCCCCUGCAGGGUGCUCAGGGGAUUAUCAGGUUUCACUUCCUGCCUGUAAUCCAGUCAAUAGUGAUCUACUGCUUCAGAGACUGGAUUUAGAAGAUCUUGAGGAAGAAGCCCGAGCUUCUGGCAAGCUAUUGUCUCUGAAUCCUGCUAGUGCAGCUGCAUUAGAUAAUGAUGACGACGACGAUGAUGAAGACCUUCCUCGCUUCAUUCUCUGCUAUGAGACACGUGCAUUUGAAACCGGAAUGAUAGUGUGGUUUAAAUAUCAAAAAUACCCAUUUUGGCCAGCAGUGAUAAAAAGCAUUAGGCGAAAAGAGAGGAAAGCGAGUGUGCUUUUUGUUGAGGCAAACAUGAAUCCUCAAAAGAAAGGUGUUAGAGUAUCUUUCAGAAGAUUAAAAAAAUAUGACUGUAAAGAGAAGCAGGCACUAGUGGAGAAAGCUAGGGAGGAGUAUAGUGAAAGUAUCGAUUGGUGCGUGUCACUCAUUUGUGACUACAGAGUUAGACUAGGUUGUGGUUCUUUUACAGGCUCCUUCUUUGAGUAUUAUGCUGCUGACAUCAGUUACCCAGUCAGGAAAAUAAUCAAACAAGACACCUUCAGAAAUAUAUUUCCAAAGCUACACAAUGAAGACACAGGGGAACAAAUGGCUGUGACAUCCCACGCCAAGAGAAUAUCUUUCCAGAAAAUUCUCCCUGACCGGAUGAAGCCUGCUCGGGAUCGAGCUAACAAGAACCUGGUAGAUUUCAUUGUCAAUGCAAAAGGAACAGAGGAUCAUCUCCUGGGCAUUUUAAAGGGCACAAAAAAAUCCAAAUGGCUGAAAUCAUUUUUGAAUGCAAAGAGUUUCACACCAUGUAUUGAAACAUACUUUGAAGAUGAAGAUCAACUGGAUGAGGUGGUGAAAUAUCUACAAGAAAUCUAUAAACAAAUAGAUCAGAAGAUGCUAACUCUGAUAAAAGAUGACAAAAUCAAGUUUAUCUUGGAAGUUCUUCUACCAGAAGCAAUUAUUUGCUCAAUUUCUGCUGUUGAUGGCUUAGAUUAUGAGGCAGCUGAGGCAAAGUAUCUAAAGGGGCCAUCCCUUGGCUAUAGGGAGAGAGAAUUAUAUGAUUCCAAAAUCAUAUUUGAAAAGAGACGGAGGUCGCUAGCAAAUGAAGCUCAUUAAUUGUGCCAAGAGUUGAAACCAUAAUGGAAGCUAGAUGAAACUUUGGAAAAGUAAUCAUUCAAAAUUCCCAACAUGUAAAUAUUUGCUGAAAUGUUUGCAGGAGAGAGUUUUUGAAUCAUAAGUUCUUUUAUUUUUUGAAGAUCUGUGUGAUCUGCAGAUACCACUACAUCCAUCUUUAUUUUCUUGCGCUUUUUCAGAGUCAGCUUUGCCAAUAUAUUUUUAGCAGUUUAAUUUUCUAAUACAUGUUAGAAAGCAUAAUUCUUAAGAUAUUUUAAGGGAAUCUAUUUUGUUCUAUGAUAUUUUUGUGUCUUUGCUGUAUAGGUAAAUACAGUAUGCACAUUCAGUUUAAUAAAGUUGCACUGGUGUUAGAUUUUAAGCAAGAGAAUUAGAAAAGAUGUCUAAAACAAAUAUCAGCUCUAUAUUUUUUGCUCAAUUUUUUUUAUAAAAUACUGAGUUUUCUCUUAAGAUAGCUGAAUUAUUUUUCCUGCCAUGCCUAUUUAUUUUUGGGAAAAAUAUCUAAAUCAUAGAACCAAAGAUAGACUAAAUGUUGCUAUAUAUUAUAACUAACCACAAUUGCUUUGCAAGAAAACAAUCUAAAAUUAAAAAGUAAAUGGGUUAUCUGCAUGUAAUCUCUCUAUGUGUGUGUACGUGUGUAUGUGUGUGUAUAACAUCUCAGCAUGCAGAAAAUGAUUUUCGGCAUCCGUGAACAGAAUUGUUCAUUCUGCACUUCUCUGAAAUUCCAGUUUGAGGAGUGUCUGUCUUUCGAUGCUGAAUCACUUUUUAAAACAGAUUAGCUUCUGGCUAUCUUCAUAAUCGUGAGUAGGUCUUAUUUUUGUAGCUAUCUGAGCACAUGUAGAAGACAGUUGUUACAAUCAGCAUAUCAACAGUCCUGCCACUCUACAGUCCAGGGUUGCUGCUUCAAAGUCUAUCUAGUUCAAUAUAAACUAGAAAAAGCAAGCACUGUGUUCAGAAUCCUGUCUCCAAAUAUAAAUUCAUUUGUCUCAAACCAAGCAAGCUUUAGCAUCUAGCUUAUUUAUAGAAUGGUUCCAAUUGGUUCCAAUAACAUAAAUGCCAACUGGUAAAUCAUUCCAGCCUACAAGAUGGACCAGAAUCUGCAAAUUGGGGAAAAUGUUACAGCAAAAGUUCUUUCCUUGCUACAUGUGGCAGUUAUUCUGUAUAUGGUUACGUAUACAAGAUUAGUUGUUCUUGUAACUUGAAACAAGAUUUUUUUGUAAGACGAAAUGUUAGAAAAGCUAGUAUAUUUAAAAAACUUGAUGUGAAAAGAUGUAUUAAGGGCUUAACACAAACCUAUCUACAUUUUUACCUCAUAGAGUGAGACAACCUUCACUCUUGGGCUCUUUUGUGUUCAUUUCACAUGGCUAUAUGUUUAUGUACAAUUUGCAAAACUUUGGUAUUUGAUUUAUAAUAAAACGAUUAUAUCCUUCACCUUAGAUGUUCAUUUUGCUUUAGUUGUAUAGCAACAUUGUGGUGUUCGUGUAAAUUAAUAUAUGUACACACGUAUAUAUAUAUAUAUAUGCACACACACAAUUUGUUUAAAACUUUUGCUCAUUGUUAUCAUUUAAUUCUUGUUAUAAAUUGUCAUUCUAAAUAAAUGCCCACUUUAAUGAUCAA